GAAUAUUUUAGACUGCCAUGGAGCCAGCCUGGGUGACCAGCUGUUACAAUAUCUGAAAAACAGUAGAAGGGUAGAAGAAACUAUAGGUGGUAAACUAAAAUCAGAAGAUCAAAAAUAUCGAUUCGAGAAUCUUCCAUCAAGAAGAAGCUUCAAUGAUGACAAUGACAAUGGAUUGCAACCAUAUUUCAAUAGACGAUUCAAUGAAUAUCCUGAGAGGCGUUUUGAUGACGAUGAUGACGUAGACUUUGAGGCCCAAAGGCAAUUCAAUAAGAGAAGAAAUUUUGACGACGAUGGAGAUGAAGAUGAUUAUCAUGUGAUACCAAAAACCAGAAGAUUCGAUGACGAUGAAGAAAAUAAAUACUCUUAUCAAAAUCAACUAUUUCGAAGGUUGUACGAUUUCCAUCCCGGAAUGCGACAAACGAUUCUCGGCACACCAAGUAUGCCAGGCCACCUGCCAGAGGCGGAGGCUAUCCUGCCAGGACACACGCUGAUCAGACCAGCUCUUGGCAUGCUGAAGUCAUCCGUCAAAUUCCCACAUAAGGACUUGGAUAACGGCGCUGGAGUAUAUGGAAAUAUUGAUAACUUGGGUAUCACAUGGGACGGAACAGGAGAAAGGGUGCUAUACACUGGUUUCCGAAGAGCUAAUGACGAGGAUGAAGAUAUGAGUCUAGAAGAAAAUAAUGAAGUACCUCAUUGCACUAUUACGUUCAAACCCUGGACCCGCAAGAGUAAGAUCUUUGAAAGCAAUCCAAUAAAAAGAUUUAACAGCUUUUGUUUUAAAUCCUCAUUUCCAUAUUGUGCGAUUUUGUUUAUAGAAACCAAUCGGACGUGUCAUUAAAGAUUACUAUAAAUUAGAGCUUGAACGGGAUCGUCUAAUUGAUCAAAUGAAACAUCCAGAAAAGUAUAAGUAAGUUUUGGUUUUUAUUAUUAAACUUAAAGUAAUGAACUUCUUAUUAUGUCCUCUUUUUUCGAGGAAUCAAGAAAAUACCGGGAAUGAUUUGGAAAAUAUUCUUAAUGUAGAAAGGACUAAGUGAGAUAACAUGUCUUUUUUUACGUAGGUACAUACUGACGCCUUGUAAUUUGAAAUGAUUACAUAACUUCGGUAUCUUCUUUGAAGUAUUUUUUCACAUUUAUGUAACUGUCAGUUUUUAUUAUUUCUUGUCGAACACAUCCAGAUAUACAAAUGAUAAUUUUCCGUUAAUUGAAGUAAGACUGUACCGAUUUGAGCAUUUUAUGUUUCAGAUUCCAUAGCACAUGUACAAAUAUUAAAUUGACUCCAUAUUGCUAUGGAGUUCUUAUUUCCCUAUGGCAAUAUCGUGAUGUCACUUCCCCAUCACUCGUGAAUAGGUUGUCGAUGUGAGAUUUCAUCGGAAUCCGGUUGUCAGCGUAAAUAUUAUUGACAGUUAUAAUGGGAGAUAUGAACAAAAAUUUUG